AUGUCAUCGCGUAAGGACGAGCUGUUGGCCAAGAAGGCUCGCCUUGCAGAGCUACGCCGACAGAGGGAACUUCGCCAGGAACAGUAUACGUCGAGCCGGCAGAGUAUCGGCGAGGCCCCUUCACCUGGCAAAACGGCCGAGGAGCGCAGGUCUGAGAUUGACCACCUCGUCUCCAGUCUAAUCGAUCGGCAGAGAGACAAAGAUUCGACCGCGUCGCCCAGCAGACGGGGAAGUCGACCGAGUUCAAUCCAGGGCACAAUCACAGGGCAAAUCACCCCUCAGCAAGAUGUCGAACAAUCGCCGAGGAAAUUGAUGCAAUCAAUAGCCACGCAGACCGAGAGCACGGAUACUUCGUUUCCUAUUUCUGUCGAUGCCUCUGCCCAUGAGCCUGUGCCUUCAAAGAAGGAAUAUAUCACGUACACCAAGGGCGUGCAGACAGAACCGUAUCUCGAAGAAGCCGCCAAAUCACAAGAGCCUUCGGACGAUGAUGAGCUGUCACUGCGGCAGAGAAAACGGCUCAGCCGGCGUGACCAAGAAAGAGACGAAGAAAUCCGGCAAGCACUGCGGAAGGAAAUUGAGGAAGAAUUACAAGCUGCACACAAUCGAGAGUCAAUAAUCUCAAUAUCAACCGGUUCUCACCAACAGCAGCGGUUUCCCUUGCGUACGCUGACCAGUACUGAACUCAAUGCUGUGGUGGCCUCUCCCGAAUUUGUUUCCUUCGUUGAGCGUUCUUCCAAGGUCAUUGAGCGUGCCCUAGACAUGGACGACGAGUAUGAUUUGCUGGCAGACUAUACUCGUACCUCAACGCUGGACGACGAUGACGACAACAAUGAUGCCACGCCCUAUUCACGAACUGGCAAAAAGUCCCAUUCUGUACGCGAGUCUUUUCAGUUGUUUUCCGACCGCUAUACCCGCAGACGCAUCGUCUCGGAUAUCCAGUUCUCUCCACACUUUAAUGAACUUCUCUUGUCUUCAUACACCAAAAAUCCAUCUGCUCCUCAUGAACCGGCCGGUCUGGUUCUGUUGUGGAAUACACAUGCCCCGUCUCGGCCGGAGUACGUGUUCACGGCGUCAUCCGAUGUUCUUUCAGCUCGGUUCUCACCAUUUCAUCCCAAUCUCGUUAUUGGCGGCUGCUAUUCAGGUCAGAUAUGCCUGUGGGAUACUAGAACGUCCGGACGGACGGGACAGCCUGUCCAGAAAACGCCACAAUCGGGAUCCCACCUUGGACACACACAUCCAGUCUACAGUAUCAGCGUCGUGGGGACACCCAAUGCUCAUAACAUCAUCACUGCCUCCAUGGACGGCGUGGUUUGCUCCUGGUCGGUGGAUAUGCUUACACAAGCCCAAGAAUAUCUUAUCCUCAACACCCCACCUCCAGCUAAAACUGACGACCUUGCUCCCACAAGCAUGAGUUUUCCGGCUGCAGACCCAACCUUUUUCCUUGUCGGCACCGAAGAAGGCACGAUUUACCCCUGCCACCGGUAUGAUCGAGCGGGAGCUCAAGCAGGCGUGGACACCCGCGUCGCCUACAAAAGCCACACUGCGCCAGUCAUGUCCUCGCAGUUCCACCCUGCGCGAGGACCUGUUGAUCUGGGGGAUCUACUACUGAGUUCCAGCUCUGACUGGUCUGUGAAACUGUGGCGGGUGAAGCCCGCUGCGAGUUCCAGCACGAGUGCCUCGACUAUAGCAGCAGGAGGGACCGCGCCGACAAUUGUGAGUCCUAUCCUCAAUCUUGCAAGGGAAGAUCUCGUCUACGAUGCAAAAUGGGCGCCGCAUAAGCCAUCGGUGUUUGCUUGCGCCACGGGGGCGGGAGAGUUGGAGGUGUUUGACCUCAGUUAUGAUCUGGAAGUCCCGAUCGCCAAGGUGAGCCCCACGAGGGGGAAAAACGGAGUGGUACCGUUCAAAGGGCUGAACAAGCUGGCAUGGGAGGAGAAACGAGGCAGCCACGUGGCGGUCGGUGGACUUGACGGUGUUGUUACCGUGUUCGACGUCGGGAAGGGAUUGCAAUGUGGCAACGGCGAGGCCAGCAUGGACGAAUGGGUAAGCAUGAAGAGGCUGGUGACGAAGCUUGAGGGGGGAAAGUGA